AUGUCCGACAACCCGGAGAACAUGCGGGGUACCCGCGAGUCACAUACCCGCGACACCGACACCGACACCGUCACCAACAAUACCGCCCAAACACAAGCCAACACACACCAAUCCACUCCAAAAGAUCAAUCCCAGCACUCCCUCGCGCGUCGCGUCCAAAACUCCGCAACGGGACUUGCCCGCAGCGUAUUCCAAGGCGCGGGAAGCAAUGCCGCGCAAACACUCUCCAGCGCGACGAAUGGAAAGAGCGGACCAUCCCAAUCUACAUCGGCAGGGUACAGCAUACAAGACGGGCUGGGAUUAGUAGCACCUCGCGCGCCACCAGGGCAGAGCGCGCAAGGAUCCGCCAGCGAAGCCUUCCGCCAAAAUACUGGAGCCGCGCAGGGUGGAUUUGAGAUCCCGGCAUUGAGCGAGGAAGAGUUCCAGCAUGAAUAUGGACAGCAGGAUGGAAUUUUAUCGGCCUCGGCCUCGGCACCUACCGCACCAGGUGUUAGUGCUCAACCAAGCCGUGAAAGACUCCAAUCCUCCACAGGGAACUGGAAGGGAAAGGCGCGUGCACAAGAUCCCGUACAGAUGGAAUAUACAACAGCGUGGGAGCGGGCGAAUACCAAUACACACCCCGAGCAAAUGGGACAAGUGAACCCAGCCGAUGGCGCAGCGGUCGUAUCGCUUCUCUCUGAUACGUCAUUCGAUGCGAGUUUCGGUGCAUACGGUGAUGGAGACUAUGAAGGCGCGGAUCUAGAUCCCCAUGCAGCUCCUCCGCCUUUAACAGCGGAGGAGAUCAAAAUGAUUGAGUCUUUCCGAAGACAGAUCGCACAGGAGGAUGGAGUACAAUCGCAAUCACGGCUUUCGUCUUUCAGCCUGGUUCCUGAUAUCGAUACAUUCCUACGAGAAAACGAUCCGGCUGCGUUUGCAUCUGCGCCGACACAAACGGAGAUUGGGUCUACUUCGACGCCUUUGAGGGACUCUGUGCUCUCUCAGCUUCCUGGUGCGGAAGACUGGGUUAGUGUCCAUGAGCGAUACCAUGAUGAGGUUUGGGGGUAUCUGCGGCCUGCGCUGGAAGCUGCUAAGGCUGAGAUUGAGGAGAAGACGGGCAUGGAAGAUGAUGGGGAUGGACCUGCUGUUAGACGAUUGAAGAUGAUUUUGAAGCAUAUGAAGUCUUGA